AUGGGGUCAUCCAGCGUACCUGAAGAUUUUCUUUCGCCCCAGGCUCCGGCCAAUGCCACUGUUCGGCGGAUCAGUUUUCUCAAUACAGAUCCCCCUAUCCCUCAGUACAAGGAUUAUAAUGCUGUCGUUAUCGACAACCUCCUGACGGAAGAAGAAUGCAAACAGUUGCUUCCCAUUGCAGAAGCCUCGACUGUGAAGGAUACUUCUGGCACUCCAACAUGGGGUCGCGCGAUGAUCAACACCGGAGGCGGGGGAAUACUUGCUACAGAUCAACGCAAGUGUGGGAGAAUCAUUGUCGAUACCCCUGGGUUAGCAGACAAACUGCUCGCUCGACUGAUGCCAUUUCUGAAGGAAGAAGGGGUUGAUCACAUCAACAAUCAGCCGCUCGUGACCGGUCUCGAAGGACGAGGCAAGGCAUACAGGCUCUCGCGGCUGAAUGAAAAACUGCGGUUCCUGAAAUACGAGGGUGGUGAAUACUUUCGCCCUCACUGGGAUUCAAACUACAUCACAUUGGAUGAGGAGGAGGAGUCCUUUUACACUCUGCAUCUGUAUCUGAACGGCGAUGGAGAGCAGGAUCUGGAGGAGUUGAUGCAAGUGAGUAAGAAGGCGGAGAUAGGUCCUGAGGCCAGCGUCAAUAUGAAUCCUGAUGGUAAGCUCCUAGGAGGAGCAACAUCCUUCAGUACGAGUUAUAAGCAGGGAGAUGGUAUACUUCGAGUGUUUCCUAAGACAGGGUCAGCGUUGGUUUUUCAGCAGUACCACUUGCUUCAUGCUGGGGACCCAGUAUUUCGAGGGGUCAAAUAUACCUUGAGAACCGAUAUGAUGUAUCGCGAGGUCGCGAUGACUUGA